AUUCCCUUUGUUCGUGAUUGUACAAUCGUGCGUAUCGUUACCAAUCACUUGCAAGAGAGAUUUCCAGGUCUAUAAGUAAUUUGUUUAAAUUUAACGCAUAAUCUGAAUCUAGGGAAAAAAGAGUUUAUUAGUCAUUAGAAAGAUUUAUACCGAGCAAAUCGUUUACUUUGAUAAUCAAUGGCUGUUUUGUGAAUCUUUGAAAGUACUACUGUAACGAGUGACGCAAGAAUGUAUCAUCGUGUUUGUAGAAACAAAAAUGUUUGCUUCUAUAAUGCAUUAUACAUUUAUGUAACAAAUGAAAGCAUAUUGCGCUUUAAAUCGUAGACGAUACGAAAUGGAAACGAAAUCGAUUUCAAAAUUUUUAGUCUCACGAAUUUUUGUAAUAUUUUCAGAAUAUGAUUGUCGAAAUAUUUAAAGAUAUCAAUGAAAAUCAUAAAUAUUAUUCCAUAAGUAUUACUUAAACUACAUAUUGCUUACGUAAUAACAAAAUAAGUAAUUAGGUUGCAAGGGCGAUUAACAUUAGCAAAAGCAGAAAGAUCUAUAAUCGGUUGAAAGGAUAAAAUGAAAGAGAAGGAAAAGUAUAGAGAGGGAAUAAGAAUAAGAGAAGGAAUCGACAGGAAUAGUGAUAAAGAAGAUGAAAAGUUAACGAAGAAGCAAAGCAAUGGUUAGAAAGAAAGACAAAACGAUCUAACGCAUGGCAUAUAUAUAUAUGUAUACGUAUAUGUAUAUGUAUAUACAUAUAUAUACAUACAUGUAUAUAUAUGUAUAUAUGUAUGUAUAUACAUUAUGAUUGAUAAGAAAAACAUGUUGGAAAAAAAGAAGCGCAUGCGCUUUUCGCGACAUGAAUGUGAGAAGGAGAAUCAGCGUGCAUUGUCGAAUGUGACGUGUGUGAGACGCGUAAACGAACAGCGUCGAUCCACGACGAUGCGAUCGAGUUGACGGUGUGCAGUUUUCUUUAGCGCUAUUCGCGAUACCCCCACCUUAAAAAACGAGCAAGUAACCGAUCGUAAGGAACCAAAAGAACCUCCCUGGUUAGCUAAUAAAUUAAAAUUAUCCUUUUUAGAUAUUCAUAAUUAUCGUUCUCUUUGUUAUUUUUUCAGAAAAUUGAUAUUCACUUUUAUUUUGCAGUUCCUUCGGAAUUGAAGUUUGACGCCGAUUUGAAUCUGUACCAAAAUCAUUUGUACAAUUUGAUCGAAACCGAUUCGAUCCGAUUCGACCCGACCUGACCCGAUACAACAUCUAUCCCAACUAGUCUUGAUUCGAUUCGACUCUAUUCGAUACGGUCCAAUCCGAUUCGAUCGGAUACCAUUAGUUCGACUUCAGUCAAUUCCACCCGAUCUGAUUCGACCAUCCACGGAACUACGAUCGUCUCUUUCUCUUUCUCUCUCUCUCAUAUACACACAUACACACAUACAUGCGUAUAUAUACACUGUCUCGCUUAUUCUCACUCCUCACUCUUUCAUUCUCUCACUCUUUUUGUCGAGUGCCCUCUUUGUUAGCUUCACUCUGCUCGCUGGUUCUCCUCUGUGUACAUAAUGCACACCAGCCUCGCUACCGAUCUUAGAACGGUGGUCAACGCGAACACGAUCUUAAUCAGUAAACGGUAAAAGGAAUUUUGCGAGUAUUAUAAUUUUUACUAUAAUUUAUAUCUUUUUUUGCAAUUUAAAAAAAUAAAAAAGUGUUUGGUGUCGUAUAUUUUUGUUCAUGCCACUUGUCUUGUGGAAAUAAUUGUAGUAAAUAAGUGCAAUACGCAAAGAGAGAAAAGAAAGAAAUUAGAAAAAGGAGGAGAUUGGUAAAGUGUAAAAAUUCGAGUAAUUUAUCGAUUUGGUGAAAGAAAGUAGCGACAGGUUUCAAGAAUAAUUUUCACAAAGAGUUUCGUCUAGUUGAGAAAGUUCAAUUUCGUGUCGAAACAAUAACAACUAAAGGAACAAGAGGGAGAGAGAAAGAAAGGGAGAGAAAGAGAGAGAGAAAGAAAGAGAGAAAGAGAGAGAGAGAGAAAGAGAGAUGAAGAGAAGAAAAACCGAUGAUGAAAUCCGUGAAGAAAUGGAAAAACGUCGACACAACGAAUACGAAUUGGCCGAAUGCGUGGACGAAAUGACGGGAUACGAGAAAGGAACGGAGAGAUCCGUGAAACUGAUCGAUGAGACUAUCGAGGAAUCGAACAACGAUGGAGGAUCGAUAGGCUUGUUGGAGACGGAUAGCGGGGAUGUGGUGCUUUUUCGCCAGGAGACACAGUUGGGGCAACAACAACAACAGAAGCAACAACAACAACAACGGCAACGCCACCAACUUUACCAACUACCUUACGAAAAGCAUGGAAGCGAAGAGGGCGGGGACAUGGUGGGCGUGCUGGAGGCGGGACAACAGGAAAUUGAAAAUGGCGCGGUCGCCGAGGCGAGUGACGCCGAACCGGUAGAAAUCCCCGUCUCACCGGAACAAGGAAACGACGUAGACGACGCUUACGGCGUGCAUUCGCUCGGCUUUAACACUCAGGAUCCUCUGGUUCGAGAAAGGGGUUAUCUCGAUCAGGACUCGAACGUGUACGGGGGCGGCGAUUUAGGCGGUGAUUCCUCGAAGCAGGAGGAGCAGCAGCUUCAGCAACAACAGCAACAGAUUUCUCAACCUCUCCACCACCAUCACCACCAACAACAGCAGCGUCAGCAGUCGCACCACCACCACCAUCACCACCACCACCACCACCACCACCACCAUCACCACCAACAGCAGCAGCAGCAGCAGCAGCAGCAGCAGCAGCAGCAGCACUACCACCGCCAUCAGCACAGCGACCAUCACCACGACCAACAGCACCAUCAGUCCGAGUACGUUCAACUGGGGGCGAGAGAAGUAUCGACUGGCGAGGGUGGGGAUAACGAAGCGUCGAGCGAGGUCUCCGUAUUGCCGGAGGAAAAUCGGGCCGGCAGUCACGCGCCUUGCUCUACGAUGCAUCGUUACGGUACUGAAGCGCUCUCGCCGACCGCGGCCGAUCACCACAACCACCACCACCACCACCACCACCACCACAACAACCAUCACCACCACCAUCAACAGCACCAUCAUCAGCAUCUACAGUCAACGGACACGUCCCAGCAACACGGCACGCUCUCCUCGGCGAGCCACCGCCACUUGGACGAACAAGAGGCACAGCCGCAGUCGCAGUCGCAGUCGGUGGCGCAUCAAAAACCGGACGAGGACGUCGUGGAGCGAGCGAGCGGAAUCGCGGUAGCGAUGAGCGGUGCCCGUGGAGAUUUCAACCUCGGCAUGCUGUUCCCAAAUCUAGCGAGCACCGGCGCGGCCAGUUCCGAGAUCGGUGGGAACGAUGGCCACCAACAGCAGCAGCAGCAACAGCACAACCGCCACCACCAUCACCAUCACAAUCAUCACCACUUGGAGGAAGUUCUGCCGGACGCGGCGUAUCUUCAGCAUCAAAUGCGCGGCGGAGGUAAUGGGGGAGGAGGUGGCGGCAAUGGCAACAACGGAGGAGGUGGUGGCGGCGGCGGCGGAGGCGGAGGUGGCAGCGGUGCGGAAGGCAGCGGUGGAAGCGGCAGCGGCGGAGGUGGCGGCGGUGGUGGAUGCUCACCGGCGCUUCGAACCGGUAGCUCACCGGGUUCCAGUCGUAGUCCGCACGAGGAUCAAGAACUGUCGUCGCCUCAUCGCCAAGGGCAGACGGAGGGAGGAUACAGUCCGAGCGAGCAAGGGAGACAGUCGUACGCUCAUUUGACAGCUAUGCAGCCGCCUUCCUCGGUACAGUCGAACCACGGCCUUGGCCAGGACACCGACCGAGUCUCCGAUCAGAUUUACAUGGAUUCGAUAUACGCUCAUCACACUGUCGGAACGCCUCAUCAUCAUCAGGAGCACGAGCCAGGAUCGUCGACUCCUCACUCGCCCAGUGGACCGCUCACCAGUUCAUUAUAUCGUUCAAUAAGCGAUGUCAGUAGUAUGACGGCAGCCAGCGCGGCAGGAACAGGAGGCACUUACGGCCUUCCUUACAUGACCGGCAGUCCUACAGAAUUGACUGCUUCGCCUCAGCAAUUAUGGAACGCUCAAGGCCUAGGAACAGGACUUCCCGCCAUUUCAGAAGAUUACGGUGCCAGCAGCAAGUCGACAGGCACGGUGACACAUCAGGCCUUACCAGGAUUUUCGCAACCGUUCUGCGGUAGGGCGAGUUUUCGAGGAUACAGUCCGUCUUAUCCGACGCAGCAAAGCAACGCUGGAGUCGGGGCUGGAACCGUGGAACCCUCGUCCUGGAACUAUGGCUCGCCUUCGAACGACACCCUGGCCACCCAAUACGCCGCUCCUUCGAGGCGGCAACCCGUUAACCCUCCGUCGACACCUGCGCAGCAUCAGCUCACAGCUACUGCUAGUCUUAGCGCGAUGCACAACAUCGAGGCGGAAUACUUUACGGAGGGCCGUGAGUGUGUAAAUUGCGGCGCAAUUUCCACUCCGUUAUGGCGACGAGACGGUACGGGCCACUACCUGUGCAACGCGUGCGGUCUUUACCACAAGAUGAAUGGAAUGAAUCGACCUUUGGUGAAGCAGCCACGGCGAUUGUCCGCUUCAAGACGAGUAGGCACUUCUUGCAGUAAUUGUCAAACGACGAUGACGUCGUUAUGGCGUCGAAACACUUUGGGCGAGCCCGUUUGCAACGCGUGCGGCCUUUAUUUCAAGUUGCACGGAGUGAACAGGCCUCACACUAUGAAGAAAGACAGCAUUCAGACGCGAAAGAGGAAGCCGAAGGGAGGGAUGAAGUCUAGCGACACGCCGAUCGCCGGGAAUGUAGCGGGAGUGAGCAAUAACAACACGACCAUCACCACGGCCAACAACAACAACAACAACAACAACAAUAACAAUAACAACAACAACAAUAGCUUAAAAUUAGAACCCGGUACGAAUUGCAAUGGGAUCGACACGUACGGCGAGCUAAGGAUGAGCCACGCCGGAAUGCCCCAAGUCAGCUAUGGAAGCAGCCUUUAUGGAAGCCCUCAGUCCGCAACCCAGAUCGUUUCCUACCAGUCUGCGCCCUCUGGAAUGUACUACGACAUGAUCGUCUCCCAGCAACAGCAGCAGCAGCAGCAGCAGCAGCAGCAGCAACAGCAGCAACAGCACCAACAUCAUCAACAUCCGCAACUUCUCGAGACCCACUCACCGAAAGUCGAGUGCCCCUCGCCACCGUGCGCGAAUCGAUCUCCCGUUAUGAUAUCCGCGAGCCAUUCGCCCGAUCAUCAUCAACUUCCAUCCCCGCACAUCGUUACACUUGGAAACUCAUCGCCAAGCACGGCGGCCACUAAAAUUAUUCUCGACAACGGCCAUCUAGACAGACCGUCCGUCGUCUCGCGAGACCGACUUUUGUCCACGACGAAAUUGAAAUCGUCCGUCGAUGGAAAAAUUCGCUGUUAACGAGUGGAGAAUAAGUACAAAGGAAAGAUAAAAUAAAAAAAGAAAAAAGAAAAGAAACGCGAAAGAGAACGCGUUUAUUUCUCUUUUUUUUCAACGAAAUUUUUCGCUCGCUUUGAUUUUCAAAAGGGAGGAGCGUUUUCUUUUUCGCGCUUUUUUGUACAUUGCGUUUCUUUUUACAAAGCGUUGUCGAAUUAUGCGUUGAAAGAGAGAAGUACGAAGGAAGAUGAAAGAAGGAGAAGAAACGUGGCGAUUUUUUUCUCUUUUUUUUUUUUUUUUUCAUUCUUGAAAUUAAUCGACCAUCGUUCAAUUGACUUGUUAACUCGCGAGUAUAUGUGUAAUAAUCUUUUCCCUUUUAUUCUUUCUUCUCUUUGUGUCAUUCUUCUCGCACGCGUUUGUUCUUCGAACAAUAAGAGGACAAGCAGAAAAAUGUAAUAACGAUGUAAUUGGUGAAUAUAUAUAUAUAUAUAUAUAUAUAUAUAUAUAUAUAUAUACAUACAUAUAUAUAUAUAUAUAUGUAUAUAUAUAUAUAUAUAUAUAUGUAUGUAUGUAUGUAUGUAUGUAUAAGGAUAAAGUAGCGAGGAUGAACCUUGUUAAGAAAUGAAAUGAAAAGACUGGACCCUCCUGUACGUUCAACGAACGGGACUGAUAAAGGGGAGGAUAAUACCAGAGGUUUUUUAAGUAUCGAUUAUUCAUGAUUUUGCGAAAAAAAACUCGUUGUAAAUAGUUUUGAAAAGUGUGCAUGCGUGAGCAAAUACGACACGUGGGGGCGAACCUUGUUUUUAGAAAGAUUCGGUUGUUUAUUUUUACGCGCACGUUUCAAUUAAAGCGACGAUCGAUGAAUGAAAUUGUCCAAACGAUAUUCGAUCGCCGCUGUUAUUCUUCCGUUACUUGUAAAUAGACAAUAAUAUUAUUAUUAUUAAAAAAAAAAAAAAAAACGAUAAGUUUCGAUUCGAAAUGUGGUGCGCGCGGUUCGAGUCGAAAAUACUUGAAAAUAUUAGUAAUAAUCGUUAUCUUUUUCGGUCUAAUUGUAGCGUUACAACGACCUACGCUGUUCAGUGUCGUUCCACACAUUCGAAUGCUACGAUCUAUAUAAACGAUACGAUGCAUAACAUUAUAAUUUUAUAGCGUUUACCGAUAAGAACGGUGACGAUGACUAUGACAAAGACGAUGACAAUGACGAGGACGGCGGGAACGAAAGCGCUUUCGAUAACAAAAUUGUGAUCGUGGUCAGCAAUAAACGUUUGCGCGGACAGAGAGCACGUCCAGCGAGUCGAGGAUUACGCAUAAGGCCCAACAUGUUCUUAUUAUCUUCAAAGUGUGUUGUAUCGAAUCGGUAAUUUUUAAAUAAAAAGGGAUAUUUAAAUCGGAAA